AUGAUGAAAAUUCAGAGAGCUAAGAAGGAAGUCUGGGAUUACCUUGCCAAAUGGCGAAGAGAUGCAUGGAGUCGGGCCUUCUUCCCUACCCAACCAAAAUGUGACAACAUCUGUAACAAUGCUUGCGAAGUAUUCAAUGCAAGAAUCAAGGAAGCAAGGGCUAAACCAAUUAUCACACUACUCGAGAAAGUUAGAAUGUAUAUCAUGAGGACGAUAGCCCGACACAAAAUGAAAUUCAAGAACCAUGUUGGGCUACUACCCCAUGUUCAACGUAGCCGAUUGGAAAAGAUCAGGAAUGCUUCAAAGCAUUGGGUGCCAAUGUGGUCCGUAGAUGCGGACUAUGAACAAUUCGAGGUACAUGGGUGGCCAACAAACAUGGUAGUGGACUUGGGAAAAGGAAUAUGCACCUGUGGACUUUGGCAACUAGGUGGGAUGCCCUAUGUCCAUGCUUGUGUUGCAAUGGCUAGGGCAGGCAGGCAGCCCGAAGACUUCUGUCAUAGAUGGUUGACAAUGGAUGCAUACAAUGACACCUAUGCAUUCCAUAUCAAUCCUAUUUCUGGCCAGAAACUAUGGGAGAAGUCACUUUACAACAAACCACAAGCACCCAAAUUUAAAAAGAUGCCAGGGACACCCCAGAAGAAAAGAAGAAAGGGAGUUGAUGAAGGCCCGGUUGGAGGCAAGAAGCAGAAGAUCACCAAGAUGAAGAAGGUAUAUAAAGAGUGUUCAUGCCGUUAUUGUGGUGGCAAGGGUCACGAUAAGAGAAAUUGUACGAAGAAGAAGGCUGGCGACGAGGCUGCAGCUGUGGCAGCUGCUGCAGCUGUUGCUGCUAGUGAAGCUAAUACAGGAAAUUAG